AUGGUUUUGUACACAAUAGUGUACUAUUUGUUUCAUUUUUACUUGAGAUAUCGCCAUAGACUUUUCGCAAUUUUGCCAAAUCGCUGUCGUCAAAUAAUUACAAAUGUUGUUGAGACAAUGGACUCAAUGAUUGAAUCGUAUUUGGGUGCUGUUGACACUGCCCAGGAGCCAGAUGACAUUCCCAAAGGGUGCACAGAUACCGUUUGGAUACUCGGAAAGUGUUACAAUCCCGUUCAAGAAUUGGAACUCAUCCGGAGAGAUAUUCAAACACGAAUCUGGUGUACGUAUCGACGUGGCUUCGUCCCAAUCGGUUCGCCCCAAUUGACAAGUGAUAAGGGAUGGGGCUGUAUGUUACGAUGUGGUCAAAUGAUUCUCGCACAAUCUCUUCUUGAUCUGCAUUUAGGACGUGAUUGGUUUUGGACUCCAGAAACUCGGGAUCCAACCUAUCUAAAGAUCGUCAAUCGCUUUGAAGACAAUCGAAAAAGUCCUUUCUCCAUACACCAAAUUGCCUUAAUGGGCAAUUCAGAGGAUAAGAAAGUUGGCGAGUGGUUUGGACCAAAUACCGUUGCACAAGUUCUCAAAAAACUCUUAAAGUACGAUGACUGGAGUAGUUUAGCCAUUCAUGUUGCUUUGGAUAAUGUAAUUUACUUGGAUGAUAUCAAAGAAUUAUGUUGUGACGAUGAUGACAAAUCAUGGAAACCUUUGCUCUUGAUAGUUCCACUAAGAUUGGGUAUCAAUGAGAUAAAUCCAAUUUACAUCGAUGGACUUAAGAGAUGCUUUGAGAUAAAUCGUAAUAUGGGAAUGAUUGGUGGGAAGCCCAAUCAAGCUCUCUAUUUUAUUGGUUACGUCGGUGAUGAAGUACUCUACCUCGAUCCGCACACAACGCAACGCAAUGGAAGUGUCGGUAAUAAACAAACAAUUGAAGAGAUUGAAAUGGAUGAGACAUUUCAUCAAAAAUAUGCCAGUCGCAUACCAUUUCGACAAAUGGAUCCAUCACUAGCCGUGUGCUUCCUCUGUCGCACUCAAUUGGAGUUCGAUGAACUCUAUGCACGUCUCCUGCAGGAUGUACUGUCUGAAUCACAUCCAUUGUUCGAAGUGAUCCAGACACGACAGCAACCCUGGCCGUCCGUGGCGUCUACAUCUACACCAAGUCACCGUAGAUCACGAAAUCGUGGCGACAGUGAGACUGAUCCAACAUUAGGGGAAUUUGAAGAACUGGACGUACGUCAGUCAGACGAAGAUUUUGAAAUAAUCGCAUAAAAAAUUGUAAAUAGUUUGAUAUUAUAAUUUUUCUAUAACAUUAUUAUAUACAACAAAAUAUCCCCCGUGCCCUUCAUGUACAUACCACAAGCAGAAUACCUACAAAAAAACAUUAUUAUGUUGUAAAUUAGAAUGUAACAUUUUUUUUUCCAAUUCCAACAAAUUGAAGUAAAAAUAUUUUGGCUUUCCAUGAAAAAAAGCAUACCAUGCAUAAAGCUCUUUAAAAAAAAAAACAUAACCCUACUUUAGUGACUCAAAGUUCUUUCUGUGUUCAGCAUCUCCGACUUUCAAAGAUUUCAGUGAUUUGUGCUCUCUGCUAUCCAAUUCAGUCAAAAUUGAUUUAAAAUGGGUGUUAAGGGUUUAACAACAUACAUUGCAAAGAAUGCAAAAAAAUUCCUCGUGCCCCAUGAGCUCCAUGACUGCAAUCUAGUAAUAGAUGGAGACAAUUUAGCCUGUCAGCUGUUUAAGAAGAUUUGCAGUACGACCAAUUGUGCCUUUGGUGGAGACUACGACAUGUUCUACAUGCAAGUCUGUCGCUUCUUCAUUCUCCUGGAUAAGUGCAAUGUAAAGUCCUAUGUUCUCCUCGAUGGUGGUUACGAAGAAUAUCGCCUCCGGACAGUUCAUACAAGAUUGAGAUCAAAAAUUGCCAGUAUUAAGCACAUAGAUCCUAGCCGACCAGACACCAUUCACUUUCCCCUACUCAUCCGUGAGGUCUUUGUAAGAGCCCUGAAGGACAUGGGCAUCAAAGUAAUGAGAUGUCUCUUUGAAGCUGAUGAAGAAGUAGCCAAUCUGGCCAGACGCCUCGAUUGUCCUGUUCUGAGUUAUGAUUCGGAUUUCUACAUCUACAAUGUACUUUACAUCCCCUUUGUUUCUCUGACUUUCAAAGUCUACAAGAAAAUCAUCCAGAGAGAUGGAAACCAGAUGAUUCGAACUGAAAGAUGCUCCAUGAAGGCACGAAAGAGAAAUCGAAAAGCCAGAGUACCUAUAAUGGACAUUGAUGGAGAUGAAAAUGAACCAGAAGAUGAUUCAACUGAAGAAUGCUACUACUAUUUGGACUGUUGCCUCUACCAAAUGGAAAAUCUUCUGAAAUACACAAAACUUACAGAAGAACUUCUACCAUUUUUUGGUGCAAUCGUCGGAAAUGAUUUUACCCAACAGUCCAAGUUGAAAAAAUUCUACAGUGGAGUCAGUAUGAGAAGAAAGAAGAAGGAUAAAUCCAAGUAUCAGAGACAAAUUGAUGGACUUAUUCAAUGGUUACAGCAUGAAUCAUUGUCAUCAGCUUUGGAAAAAUUAGAAAUACGCUAUGAUAAAGCCAGUAGAGAGAAUAUUCUUGAUCACAUUGCAACUGCAUCUGCUCCAUAUACCACCACAAAGACUAUCUCCUGCACUUUUUUUGGAUUCGAACAAGAUCACCAGGAGAGUGUAGAAGAGAUUCCUCCUGAAGAGGAUACCACAGUACAAAUUCAAGAAGACAACAAUGAGAAUAAUGUUGAAAAUGACGAGGACGAGGAGGAUUGUGAUGAAGAAACAAUAAAAUUGGCAGAAAAUCCUCAAAGAUCCAAAAACAUCCCAUUUUGGCUGAAAGAGAAAUUCCUCCGAGCAGAACUACCACGGUACUGCAUUGAUCUCAUUCAUCUCAAAAUGUAUGUAAAUAAUCCUCAAAUUGAAAAUUACAAACUCCCAGAUGCCAAUCUUGUUGCCCUGGAUAUUCUUCUACUUCUCUUCCGGAUACUCAAUGCCCCUGAAACUCCAACGCUCAACUAUCUCACAAGACUUCCGGGUCAGGUUACCUAUGCCAACAAGUAUCUGACAUUUGAAGAAUCAGAUACCAUCUCAUUUGAUCCAGCAGACGAAAAGAAUGAAAAACUAUUUCAUUAUAUUUUCCGGAAUUUUGAAAAUCACAAAGAGAUUUUCAAUUUAUUGCCAGCUCUCGACAAUGGACAGAAAAUCUACUUCCUCGCCAUGGUGUAUUGGACCAAAAAGUCGAAACUCUGGACAUGGUUACAUAUUAGAAGCCUAAUCUUGUCUAUGAUGAUCCUCAGUUUUAUUGACCGAAAAUGCGGAGAAAUUCGCACUCAAGAAAAUUUUGAACGUGUCAAUGGGAAAAAUCUUGCAAAGAUAAAGGUAGAAUUGUCUAAAAAAUGCCCAUUGGACGAUAAUCCAGUAGAACUUACAGAAUCCAAAGGACGUCAAAUGAGAAAGAAAAUCAGUAAGAAUGAAUGUGUACUGAUUCAGGAGCGAAUUUUGCCAUUUCUCUCCCGAAAUGUUCAUCAUAAAAAAUCCUACACAGGAUUCUCCAGUACUGUUCUUCAUGCAUUUUCAGAAUUUCAAGCUGUACUCUAUCACAUGAUUAGCCUCAAUUCCAUUUCGAAUUUUCCCUUUGACGAACCACACGUGGCUAAGAUGUACAAAGGUUUUCUACUUUUUAAUCUCUACACUACACUCAAUAAACGUGAUGAUCCUGAACACUACCUUCGAGAUAAUUUACUCAAAUGUGCCCACAAUUUCUGGUCAUACUACAAUUUUCUAAUGACAUGGCUCCUGAAGUUUAUCCCUGAGAAGAAUGUAAAUAUUGAAUAAAAAUCUUCUUUUUCCACAAAAAAAAAA